UUUUUCGAUCUGCGAGCGAAGUGACGUUUCUCCGCAACAUCCACGUCAAAUGGUUUGAUUUACAGAAAAUCUUUCUGAAGUGCUACCAAAUUUGUGAAAAUAAGGAAAAUUCGUCAAUAAAUAUCAAUUGAUUUUAAAUAAAAUGGAUUCGCUAAUGGAACCAACCCUCUACACGAUCAAGGGAAUGUGCAUCCUGGACAACGAUGGCAAUCGGAUAUUGGCCAAGUAUUACGACAAGAAUGUGUUCCCCACCGUGAAGGAACAGAAAGCGUACGAAAAGAACCUCUUCAACAAAACGCAUCGAGCCAAUGCGGAAAUCAUCAUGUUGGACGGACUGACCUGCGUCUACAAGAGCAAUGUCGAUCUGUUCUUCUACGUGAUGGGCAGCACGCACGAAAACGAGCUGAUCCUGCUUUCAGUGCUGAACUGCCUGUUCGAUACGGUCACCAUGAUCCUGAAGAAAAAUGUGGAGAAGCGAGCGGUGCUGGAAAAUCUAGAUGUUGUAAUGCUGGCCUUUGAUGAAAUUUGUGAUGGAGGAAUAAUCCUAGAUGCGGAUCCAUCGUCGGUGGUGAAGCGGGUAGAUCUACGAAACGACGACAUUCCAAUCGGAGAGCAAACCGUUGCGCAGGUUCUGCAGUCCGCAAGAGAACAGUUGAAAUGGUCUCUACUAAAGUAAUACGAGUAACCUGGUAAAAGUUCGUGAAAAAUUUCUAUUACUAUAUUAACGUAAAAUAAGGUAACAUUUUAUUAAGUCAGAAGCAUUCUUAUAAACGGCAAAUCAAGAGAAAAUAUAGAGGAAUAUAAAAUUGA